AUGGAACCGUUAAUGGAAUCGGUGGGAAAGCAGUGUCAAGAUCAACUAGCUGUAUUUCAGCGGUGUAUUUAUGUCCACCGAAAUGACCCAGCCUCCUGUACACAACCUCAGCAGGAACUAGCCAAGUGUGCAUCAAACGCAGUGCCAAUGCUGCAGACCAUCAAGCGGACGUGCGGCCACUUGAUUCGCGAGUAUGAUCAGUGUCUGGCUGCGAAUAAAGAUGCCUCUUCAGAUGAGCUUGCAGUCCAGUGUACAUCAAAAUUGCGCGCGCUCGCGGAGUGUGCAGAGGCAGUAAAGCUAAAUAGCCAAACCGCCUAG